AUGUGGGUGGACAAGGGUAAAGAGUUCUAUAACAAGGAUGUACAAAACCUUGUUGAGAUCUACAGUACGGAAAAUGAAGAAAAGUCAUCUGUGGUUGAAAGAUGGAACAGAACAAUGAAGGAGAAAAUGUGGAGGUACUUUAGCGCUAAUUCUACCAACAAGUACAUUGAUAUAUUGAAUGAUCUUGUAGAUCAAUAUAACGACACAAAGCAUUCUUCGAUAAAGAUGAAUCCUGUAGAAGCUAGUAUGCCCCUGGCGAGGCUUGCCGAACCUGAAAGUUGCGUCUGCGACUCCAAAGCACCGAUGCUCCGCAUUGCCCUGCCAACAAGCUCAAAACCAAAAUUUGCUGUUGGUGAUAGGGUUAGGAUUACCAAGAAAAAGAAAACGUUUGAAAAGGGUUACACACCGAGAUGGACUGAGGAGGUGUUUACAGUAUCAGAGAUUCAGUAUACCAACCCUGUAACAUACAAAAUUAAAGACUACAACAAAGAAGAAAUUCAAGGUACAUUUUACGAGCAGGAGCUUCAAAAGACUGACAAAGAGAUUUUUAGAAUUGAGAGGGUGAUACAAAAGAGGGGUGCUAAAGAAUAUGCGAAUAACCGUGCUGAAAAGGUUAAAAGGUAUGUAGAUACUAAACUUAAAGACGUUAGUAAAGAUUAUGAGGCUGCGGAUUUAGCUGUUACACAUGCUGCUAACAAGUAUACGGAUGCUCUGGAGGAGUUAAAAAUAGAGUCACCGUCUUGGAGUGCAAGGUCUGCGUCUAUCAUCAUUAAAAAUGCGGUGAUAAAACUGAGUGGUGAAGAUGAGGCGGGAGCUGUUCAAAAGGGUAAGUAUGGCACCGACUCAGUACCUUUCACAUUGGUAGAAAAGCAUCCGAACAAGAUGAAAGAAAAAGAGAAAAGGGUGAAUGAAUACCUAGUAAAUGAGGAAGGUCUGGAUAAGGCGACUCUACCGAUUGGUUACCGAAUGAGACAAUGUGAGCACAUCACCGUCCCUCAGAUCACCAACUUUACCUGGAGACUGGGUGUCAAGUCUUCACCAGAAAAACCUCGUUGGGUUAUUAUUGGAUUCCAGACAGAAAAAGAUAACAAUCAGUUGAAGAAUCCGGAUAUCUUUGACAACGUUAAUGUGAGGAACAUGAUGGUUACGUUAAACUCAACUAGAUACCCCUGUGACAGACAUCCGGAUUUGAGGAUUCAAGCAAAGAAGUUUCAGAACAUUCGAGGAAUCUUUGUUCCGAAAAGAUUACACCAUAUAUACACCUCGGAAAAGAUUAAAAUCAUUCAAAAAGAGAUUGAAAGCCUCACCAGGGGCUCGGAAUCUAUUCAAAAAGAGAUUAAAAGCCUCACCACGGGCUUGAAAACCAUUGAAACAAAAGAUGAAACCAUUGAAGCAAAGUUUCAAACCAUUGAAGCAAAGUUUGAUAGCGUCGCCCGGGACUUGGAAACCAUUCAAGAAGAGAUUGAUGAUAUUAUGAAGAUAAAAUACGAUUCGGAUGAAUACGAUUCGGAGUUCACUCCAUAA